AAUUGAAGAGUACAGGAAAGAGGGAGGCAGGAAAGGAGAUAAGCAAAUUAAAUUGGGUGCCCUGCUGCCGGUCAAGGCCUGGAAAACUGGCAGAAGAGGCUCCUGCCCUUGGCUCCUGGGCAUGACUGCUGGGCUGUCAGUCUCCAAGUGGACCCUCUUUUUCCCUGCAGCCCCACAGAACUGAGACAGGAAGGACUGGCCCUGAGCCUUAUGACCAGACCGUGAGCUCCAGUGUUUCUCACCAAGGGAGACAGGUCUCGACAGGGCCAUGUGCAGGGUGAUGAGUGGGUUGGCCUGUUGGGGCCUGUGUCUCCCCCUCUGGGAAGUGAGGGCUCAGGUCAGAUGAAGCCAAGAAGCCGUCCAGAUCUGACCAUCUGUGAUGAUACUGUUGAAAGCCUGGUAGGGGGAAGAUGUGGCCUAGUUUGAGACCCUCUCCUGCCUCUUCCUGUGAAAGGGAUCAGAGAGGGCUGACUCCACAGGGCUGCAUGGGGACCAACCUCUGCAUAUGCACAGAACGUGGCCAGUGAACCUUAAAUGGCUGCAGUUCCCCUCUCUGGGACCUGAGGUCUGGGAGGUGGAGGAGCAGGGGCCACAGGUGGCCGUCUGUUGUAGCCUGUUCUAGGUGACUAGACAGCUAUCUGGAGAAAAAGAAAGGAAAAAAAAAAGGUGGGGGGGAAGGAAAGUCCAUUUCCCCUCCCCUACCUCAGGCCUAAGAUCCUGGGCUGCUCCCAGCUGGGCGCACUCCCUGGGUCCCAAACAGGACCUUCCCACGCCUGGGACAGAGGCCUGUUUUCCUCAGCUGCUCAGGACCUUUCCCACUAAUAAAUAUUUGACUUUCUCAUCACGGUGUGGAUACAUAAGCUUUGAGUCACACACUGCUCAAAGUACAGGCUGUGCAGAGAGCCCCAGAGAGGCACUGUGGUGGCUUGGCUUAUGGGGGAGCAUCGGGUACUCAGGGACCUGUCAUUCAAGGAGGGGGAACCGAGGCAGCUGCCCCUGGAGACUGCCUGCUGUGAGCCUCCACCCUCACCCUGCCAGAAGUUGGGCGAGACGGCCUCCAGCUCCAUGCAUUCCUCCCGCUACCCAAGCCCGGCCGAGCUGGACGCCUACGCCGAGAAGGUGGCCGACAGCCCGCUCUCCAUCAAGAUCUUCCCCACCAACAUCCGAGUGCCCCAGCACAAGCACCUCAGCCGCACCGUCAACGGCUAUGACACCAGCGGCCAGCGCUACAGCCCCUACCCGCAGCACGCCGCCGGCUACCAGGGCCUGUUGGCCAUCGUCAAGGCUGCCGUCUCCUCCUCCAGUGUGGCCACGCCCGCCGGGCCCACCAAGAGUGUGCUCAAGAGUGCCGAUGGCAAGCGGACCAAGCUGUCCCCGGCCACCGUGCAGGUGGGCAUCGCACCCUACCCGGCGCCCAGCACUCUGGGGCCCUUGGCCUACCCCAAGCAACCCGAGGCGCCAGCCCCACCACCCGGCCUGCCCAUGGCUGCCGCCACUGCCGCCUCUGUCAUCCCCCUGCCGGGCCGCGGCCUGCCCCUGCCACCUUCCAACCUGCCCUCCAUCCACAGCAUCCUCUAUCAGCUCAACCAGCAGUGCCAGGCCCCAGGUGCCGUGCCCACCGCCUGCCAGGGCGUGGCUGUGCCCCACCCCAGCCCGGCCAAGCACGGCCCUGUGCCCAGCUUCCCCAGCAUGGCCUACUCCGCUGCAGCCGGCCUGCCUGACUGCCGAAAAGGCACUGAGCUGGGCCAGGGAACCGCAGCAGCCUUGACGUUGGCUGGGGCCACUAGGCCUGCAGGGUAUGUGGACAGCGGCCUGGAUUACCUGCUAUGGCCACAGAAGCCACCCCCACCACCACCGCAGCCACUGCGGGCCUAUAGCGGGGGCACAGUAGCCAGCAAGUCCCCCGAGGCUUGCGGGGGGCGGGUGUAUGAGCGGGCCAGCGGGUCGCCCCUCAACUGCAGCAUGGGCCUGCCCACCAGCUUCACUGUGGGUCAGUACUUUGCUGCCCCCUGGAACAGCGUGCUGGUGACCCCCACCAGUGACUGCUACAACCCGGCCACGGUGGCAGUCACUGAGCUGGGGCCUGCAGCGGCCCGGGAGCUGGCAGGGCCGCCUGCAGAGGCGCUCUCAGGCCUGCCCAGCAAGAGUGUGUGCAACACAGCGGUGCUGAGCAGCAGCCUGCAGUCGCUGGAGUAUCUCAUCAAUGACAUCCGACCGCCCUGCAUCAAGGAGCAGAUGCUGGGCAAGGGCUACGAGACCGUGGCUGUGCCCCGGCUGCUCGACCACCAGCAUGCCCACAUCCGCCUGCCUGUCUACAGAUAAGGCCUGCCGGGCAGCCGCAUGGACAGACCAGGGUGUCUGGGGGGAGGCAGGCCAGAGAACAGGGUGGGUGGCAUGCAGGUGCCCGAGUGCCUGCUGGUGCCCACAGGGAAGCCAGGCUGGCUGCUGCCAUGCGGCUACCUUAGGGGGAGUGGCAGGGUGACCUCAUUCACCGAAGCUCACCCCCGGCUGCCCCAGGUUAUGGGGAGGGCCCAGGGCAGCUGCUGAUGUCCACACCUUCCUUCAUCCGUGCUGGCAGAGACAGGGAGAAAGAAACCACUUCUAAGUAGGAAUGGCUCUUUCUGGCUCUCUCAGGAGAGGGGCUCGGGCCAGGGUGGGAUACAGGAGGAAGUGUGAUGGUGUAGAGUCAGGUGGGCUAAGAGCAAGCCCCAGGGGUCAAGCAGCUCCCAGCCUCCUGGAGAAGGGGCCUGUACGAAGUCACAGGGCCCACAGCGUCCCCCAGGUGAGGACCACUAGCAGAGGCUCCCCCGACUACAGUCCCCCUGCCCCUCCCCUAGACUCUCCUUCCCCUCCACUCAGUC